AUGAACACCGUGCUCAUACGACAUUGGUCUGCAUUUAAUAAAGCUCUCGAGACUCGUGAUAUUACUUGCGACCUUGAUGGCAAAACAUUGGACCUAGCCACUGUGGUGGCAGGAGCGAGGUAUGGGAAAGGCGUAUCGCUCUCACAGACCACUCGGGAGCAAGUAUGCCGAUCCGAGGCGGCCUUGAAGAAGCACCUGGCGGAUGGGGAGCUAGUCUACGGAGUCAACACUGGCUUCGGUGGCAGUGCAGACACAACGACCCGUGCAGUCAAUAAAUUGCAAGAGAACCUGCUACAAAUGCUUCAGGCUGGAAUCAAAGUAGACGGCUCGAUCCCACUUGCUGCAAACAAGCAAAAUGAGAACAUCCUCCCGUUGGACGACCCAACCUCUGCCACAAUCAUGCCAGAAUCGUGGACCAGGGCGACCAUGAUAAUCCGAUUGAACUGCCUAGCUUUGGGAGCAUCGGGCAUCCGACAGUCGGUCUUGGAUGUGUUGCUCCAAAUGAUAGAGCAUCAUAUCACCCCUAUGGUUCCUUUGAGAGGCAGUAUAUCCGCUUCUGGUGACCUCAACCCAUUAUCGUACAUCGGCGGAGCAAUGCAGGGACAUCCAUCCAUCCGUGUCUGGAAGCGCGACCGAGAUUUGGAUUGCCAAGUGCAAGGGGCCGAUCUCGCUCUUGCCGAGAGCUCAAUACCACCAGUGCGACUAGAUGCGAAAGAGGGCCUGGCAAUCGUAAAUGGAACGGCGACCUCAGCGGCUGUGGGUGCUCUGGCUCUGCACGAGGCUCUCGGUCUGGCUGCUGUGAGUCAGGUUCUUGCCGCGAUGAGUGUUGAGGCUUUACACGGUAUGAGCGAGAGCUUUGAUCCUUUUUUCGCGAGAGUCCGACCUCACCUCGGACAAAUGACAGCGGCAAACAAUCUGAACGGGUUCCUUUCCAAGUCAAAACUUCUCAAUAAUGGAGAUGCGCUUAUGCCUGGGAGUUUGCGACAAGAUCGAUAUUCCAUUCGCACAUCCGCUCAAUGGACGGGACCAAUCCUUGAAGAUUUAGAGUUGGCAUAUCAGCAGAUUUCGGCUGAGCUUAACUCCGUAACGGACAAUCCGCUCAUCGACACUACUGGUGACAGGGCCCGCAUCCUGCACGGUGGCAACUUCCAGGCCAAGUCAGUUACCAGCGCUAUGGAAAAGGCUCGACAGGCCGUUCAGUCCAUGGGCCGUAUGCUCUUUGCACAGUGUACGGAGUUGAUUGAUCCAUCCAAGAACAAUGGCCUACCUCCUAAUCUGUCUGCCGAUGAGCCUAGCAUUUCCUUUACAUUCAAGGGGGUUGAUAUCCUGAUUGCUGCACUGCAGUCGGAGCUAGGAUAUCUCGCCAAUCCUGUUGGGAGCCAUGUCCAGACAGCUGAGAUGGGGAACCAAGCAUUGAACUCACUCGCAUUGAUAUCCGGUCGGUACACUCUAGAGGCCGUUACUGUUCUGUCGCAGAUGGCAGCUGCCCAUCUCGUCUCUGUCUGCCAGGCCCUUGACCUCCGUGUCUUACACCUCCAGUUCAUGAGGGCUCUGCAGCACGAUUUUGUGAAGAUAUUUGACGAGAGCUUGAAAGUCCAGACGGUACCCAGCAAAGACCAUUUGACCCUCUCCAGAAAGGUCUGGUACGCCUUUAGUAAACAAAUUGGACAGCUCCAGUCCGUCGAUUCCUGCAAUCGAUUCCAUGAGGCUGCCCGAGCCAUUCUGCCCGUUUUGCUCACGGAGCUUUCUCCUCCCAAUGUCUCCUCGAGUGUUAUUCAAUCCUGGAUCAAUCGCCUGGGCUCGCAGGCGGUAGACUUGUACCGCAGAACGCUUGAGGCAUACUGUAGGAGUCCGGACGCGAGCCCAUACCUUGGGGAAGCGUCGCGAAAGAUGUACGCCUAUGUCCGACAAAGCCUGAAAAUCCCAUUUAUUACUGAGGAGACACUCUGGCGCCCGACAGAUCCAAGCGGGAAGCAGUGUGGUGAAGCUGUGGCACCACCCCUCCCUACGAUGGGCGAUGUGAUUGGUAUGGCCUACGACGCCAUUCGUCGUGGGUCUUUGUACAUGGUAGCGGUCGAAUGCAUCGGGAAUGUGGAGCAGGAGGUGGCGAAGAGCGAUACCUCGCUGAAACGAUAUCGCUCUGAUGAACGAAUGAGCAAGAUAUAA